AUUCCCAUCUGAAUUCCUUCGAUUCAAGGUCUCUGGACAAGGAAAACCCGAAUUUUCAGUACGGAAAUCAGUUGAAUUCUCUGACCAAAGGCAAGAAUACCACCUUUUUUUUUUCUUUUUUUUUUAAAGCUUUAUAGAUUCUAAAUUCAUUGGAUUUUCUUUGUGAUUUCUCUUUUCUCUUGUUUCGCUUCUUUGCUUCUGUGCGAGAAAGGAAGUAGCUUUGAUUGGAUUUUCUAUUCAUGUCUGAUACAACUGUUGUUGGGUUUUGUUGGGAUUUGAGUUUGGAAUGUAGGGUUGAAGGAAUCUGAUCCAUUUGUGUUUUGUUUUCUGUAGAUUUUGGUUCUUGGGUUUCAGGAAUCUGUCUGUGAAUUUGAGUUUGGGUUUUGAAUUUUGGGGGUUUUGGAUGCUUCUGGUACUGUAGUUUUAAAAUUUUUGUCUGUAAUUCUGAGUUCGGGUUUUGAAUUUUGGGGAUUUUUUAUUCUGCUGGUUUUGUGUUUUUGACUUUUCUAUUCAAAGAAAGGUGGUGGCUUUACUGGACUCUGUUCAUGUCUGCUGUUGAUUGUUGUUGGGUUUUGAGUCUGGAAUGUCGUGUUGAAAUAAUCUGAUCCAUUUUGUGCUGUUCUCCGUGGAUUUUGGUUUUUGGGUCUCAGGAAUCUGUCUGUUCUUUUGAGUUUGGGUUCUGCAUUUUGGGGUUUUUAAUAUUAUUUUGGUACUGCAACUUUUGAAAAUCUUUCUGUAAGUCUGAGUUUGGAUUUUGAAUUUUGGAGUUUUUCGAUUCUGCUGAUACUGUAUUUUUUGGUUUUCUCUUCAAAGGAUGGUAGUGGAUUUAUUAGAUUCUGUUCAUAUCUGAUGCAGUUGUUAUUGGGUUUUGUUGGGAUUUGAGUUUGGAAUGUGGGGUUGAAAGAAUCUGAGUGUUCUGUUUUCCGUGGAUUUUGUUUCUGGGGUUUCAGGUAUCUGUCUGUGAUUUUGAGUUUGGGUUUUGAAUUUUGGGGUUUUUGGAUUCUUCUGAUACUGUAAUUUUGAGCUCUGAUUCUGUUAAUGGAUUUUUCUUUGGGGGUUUUUUAAGAAUCUGUCUGUAAUUCUGAGUUUGGGUUUCUUCUUUUAUUUUCAAUAUAUUUCCCGUUACCCUUUCAAAAAUAAUAAUAAUAAAUCCGAGUUUGGGUUUGAAUUAUGGGGUUUUUGGAUUCUUUUUUUUUUCUUUCUUUCUUUCAAAAAAGGUGGUGGCUUUAUUGGAUUCUGUUCAUGUCUAUAGUCUAAUCAAUCUGUAAAGUGUUUCAAAUGGAUUUCGGUUUCUGGGUUUGAAUAAUCUCUCUGUAAUUUUGUGUUUUGGUUUUGAAUUUUGGGUUUUUGGGUUCUGCUGGUACGGAUUUCUGCUCUUCUUUUGUAAAAGAAAAGAAAAAAAAAAAAGAAAGAAAGAAAGGUUGUAGCUUUAUUGGAUUCUGUUCAUGUCUACUGCAACUGUUGUUGGACAUUGUUGGGAUUUAAGUUAGGGUUUUAGGCUGGAAAAGAGCCUAAUCCCUUCCUAAUCUCUCUUUAUGGUUCUUGGAUUUUGAGUUUCAAUUCCGUCAUUAGGGUUUUGCAUUUUGUGAGAUCUGUCUGUUUUUGGUUUUGAAUUUUGGGUUUUCCAUGCAUUUUUUGUAAUCCCCUAUCUGGUGUUGGAGGUUGGAGCUUGUGUGUUAAAAACCAGUCUGCAACUUCACUACUGGGGUUUUGGAUCUUGGACGACUCAUCUGGGUUUGAAUUUUAGGUCCUCUCAAUUUUUCUGUAAUUCCAAAUCCAGGUUUCAAAUCUUGGAUCUUCGUUCUGAGAAUUGAGCCUGGAAUCCCAUUACUAAGGUUUUUGAAUCUUGCAGUAUCCAUCUGUUCUGUGUUUUGAAUUUGGGUUUUCUUUGUUUCAAUAAUCUCUUUUGCAAUUCUAUAUCUGGGAUGUGAAUCUUGGGUUUCAAGAAACAGUCUUCAAUUUUCGCUCUCAGAUUCUAAGUAAAAAAAUUAGGGAUCUUAGGAUUUCUUGACUUAACCUGCAAUCCCAAGUUAGGGUUUUAGCUUUUGAGGUUUUCAAGAAUCAAGUCUGCAAGCAAUCUCUUCCUGUUUUUUGUGUUUGGAGGAGUCCAUUUUCAGAUAUCGAACUGAAGUUUUUUUAAUUUUGUUCUGUUCUCUUGCAUUGCCAUUUGGAAGUGUCCUUCACCAAUUCGGGACUCUCAGCAAUCUGAUGAUGGAUUCUGAACAAUCAUUCUCACCAUUCUCUAACUCUCCGAUCAUUCUCCAUUCGGAGAAGCAAGGAUUCACAUUACUAGAUGUGCAGAAUUCUAGCAGUUUCUCUUCAGGCAUUGGCAUCCCGAAUGUAGAUAGUUACAUUGGCGUUCUUGAGGUUUACAUACAUCAAGCUAGGGACAUCCACAACAUCUGCAUAUACCAUAAACAAGAUGUAUAUGCCAAGCUCUGCCUGACCAGCAACCCCGAAUCUACGGCAUCAACCCAAAUCAUCAAUGGAGGAGGAAAGAAUCCAGUCUUCAACGAGACUCUUCAGCUCAACGUCCGUACAAUCGAAUCAUCGCUCAAGUGCGAGAUAUGGAUGUUGAGUAGAGUGAAGAAGUAUCUCGAAGACCAGUUGCUCGGAUUUGCAUUGGUGCCGUUAUCGGAGGUGGUGGUUGGAAAUGGGAGACUGAUGCAAGAGUUUCCACUCUCGUCUACCAAUCUCUUCCAUUCUCCCGCAGGUUUCGUCCAAUUGUCACUUUCCUAUAGUGGGUCGUCACCGGAAGUCAUGGUUGUUUCCAGGCCGCCUUCAUCUGUGAACCCGAAUAGCAGUUUGCUUUAUUCGGAGACAGAUAGUCCACCUGCAUGUGAAUACGAUAAGAUCGAAUUCCCUGAUCUGAAGAUGGCAAAUGAAAACUGUCUAAUGGUUUCGGAGUAUAUCGGCCUCCCGUGCACUACCGACAUGGAUUCCCAAAGCUCCAAGAGCUUGGUCACUUCAGAUGAUGGCAAUCACCUGAACUCGGAAAUAGGUGUUCUUGUUGUGGAAAGCUUCUCAACAGGGAGUCUUGAUACCAUCAAAGCUUUAAAAAGUGAUAAUCCCCCAAGCAGCAUUCCGAUCAACUUCUCUCCCUCCACUCCCAUUCCAACAAGUUCUAAAUCUUACCCUCUGGGAGUUUCGAAAUCUCCGAAUCAUGACCAGGCUGUUUCAUCUCAGAAAGAGAGAAGCUCCGACAACACAGACAGUGAGGCCGAUUCCUCAGGCAGACCAACUAACAACACAUUCGCACAAUCUGUUCUCAAUAUAAAGAUCGAACCAGAGCAGUCAGUCGUUCAGCAGGAUAUAGUCAACAUGUACAUGAAAAGCAUGCAGCAAUUCACGGAAUCGUUGGCGAAGAUGAAGCUCCCAAUGGAUAUCGAGAACGGCAGCACCGAUUUGGAGAAUGUGAAUCCGAGCUCUGAUCAGAAAUUACAAGCAUCAAAGGGCACUGGAUCGAGAGUGUUUUAUGGGAGUAGAGCCUUCUUUUGAGCUUCUUUUGGACAGCUUCAGAGGAUAUACAGGUGGGGCCCAUCUAACUUGUGAUGCCAGAUGAGGAAGGCUAGGUGAACUCGCUCCGGUGCGAUGGACGGGGCAAAGAACAAGUGCCAACAUGCACACAUGUGAAAGAUCAGGACCAUUUGAGGUAGGACACGCUCUGGACUUGAUCUACCUGAUAAAUCAGUUUGGUCACUCAUCAAGUGGGACACUGUUAUGAGAGGGGGGUAAAAAACAAUGGCCCAUGUUCUAUAUAUGUGUGUGGCCCAUUGGACGAAGGGUAAGAAAUAGUGAUCAAUGGUGAAUAUUGUAUUUACA